CUUAUGUCAGCUGUGGAGCUGCACCUCUCUCACUUCCCUAUAUUGGAAGUUUAAAGUCAAGAGACUUACCAGGAAAUGUGUCAAGAAGCCUUACUUAUUGCAGAAAGUCAGUGCGGCUAAGAACACGAGCCAUGUCUGAGAAAUCACAGAGGACUUUAACGAAAUGUAAUCUGUCUUUUCCCACAAGCAAGGACAAUGACAGCAGCAGGCUUGGUCUUUUUGCUGGCUGCACUGCUGUCUCCAGCAUUCACUGUGGAACACAACCACAGUGGGGCAGCAGACACAUACCAUGUGAGUGUUGGCCACCUCUUUCUGCUAAAGUGCCUCUUUGUUGAUGCCCACACCAACGUGACCUGGACCAGAGAGUGGAGCCACAACCUGAGCCUGCCCACUGGAGUGGAAGUCAGGGAUGGGUUACUGUGGUUUCUACCUGUGCAGAUGUCUCAUAGUGGAUCCUACACCUGUGAGAAAAGGGGCAAGACUGGAUUAUUGAGGGUGACGUUUGAGGUGUCAGUGUCCAGUGAAGAGUGUCCCAAUCCAUCUGAAACCACAUUCCUCACCCGGGAAGUCAGUGGAAGUCUUCCUUGCAAACAGGCAGAGAUCUUCACACUGAAAAAAACAGGGAAGAUACGAUGGAUGAAGGACUGCCACCCAGUGGAGCGGUCAGGGCAGCCCAUCUCUGUGGAUGAGAGUGGCCAAAUGAGACUGCCUGCAGCCUCAGAGAGGGAUGCUGGGAAAUACACCUGCUUUGUAGACAUUAUAGUGAAUGGCAAGAAUUACACCGCUGCACGCAGCAUCCAGCUGGCUAUUAACAAUGACACAGUUUUAGUAGAGCCCGAGGUGGUGUUCCCUCAACAGGAAGUGGUCGUGGUUGAAGAGGGUACGAGAGUGGAGCUGCAGUGUUUAGCCUACAUAGGCGUCAGUGAGAACAAGGAGACUGAAAUGUAUUGGUAUGUUGGCAAUAAUGACACUGACGACUACGAGGGACUCAAAGUGUCCUGGAAAUAUAUUCACGAACGAGGCAGGGUGUACGGUCAGUCCACUCUGUCUAUCUCUAAAGUUCUUCGUCAGUUCCUGAAUGUCCCCAUUUCCUGCUACGUAUCGAACUCAGUUGGACACAAAGUCGGUGUGGUGUUGCUUCAAGAAGCUGACCACAGUGCCCUCCACACCAGCGUGGCUCUCUGCCUCACCGCCUCCCUGGCUGUUCUGGCCCUGGCUGCUGCCUUCCUCUUCUUUAAAGUCGAUUUGGUUUUGGCUUACAGGAAACUGUUGAGACAUUUUUCCAAACAACAAGCUCCAGAUGGGAAGCUCUACGACGCCUAUGUGAGCUACCUCCGUUCCGACACCUGGUGUUCAUCUGAAACGGCGAGCUUAGCCCUGCAGGUCCUUCCUGAAGUGCUGGAGAAACAACAUGGCUACUCCCUGUACAUCAGAGGACGGGACGACUGCCCUGGAGAAGCUGUGCAUGACGCCAUCGCUGUUAUAGUGCGCCAAUGCCGAAGACUGAUAAUUAUCCUGUCUUCUGAGAUAAAAUCUUCCUCUGAUGGCAAAACAGACGAAGAGCCCUUGCGUAACAACCAAAACCAGCUGUGCUAUGAGCAGAAAGUUGGCCUUUACGACGCUUUGACCCAGAACGACCCAAGAGUGAUUCUGGUGGAAAUCGAUGGUCCGGUGGAUUACAGUUGCAUGCCAGAGUCUCUGCGCUAUAUCAAGAGGAAACAAGGGGCUCUGAAGUGGAAGAAACCCUCCCUUGGAACCCACAAACACACCAAGUUGUGCUCAAACAGAAACUUCUGGAAGAAUCUGAGGUACCACAUGCCCUCAGCGCCUGCAGGGAGACUCCAGACUAUUGUCUAAACCAAGUGAAAAGUGGGAUCUAACCACA